AGGAAGAGAAGARGGARCAGGAGCRGCCGCGAGGCGCCGAGCGAGUGGAAGGAGCCCCGGGCCUCCCUGAGCCGCGGAGCGCCCUGCCCGCGGUCCCAACAUGGACGAAGAGGGUGGCGGAGGUGGCGGCGUGCCUGAUGACCUCUCCAUGGAAGAAAGAGAAGAGCUUUUAAAUAUUCGCCGCAGGAAAAAGGAACUGAUUGAUGAUAUUGAGAGAUUAAARUUUGAGAUUGCUGAGGUUAUGACUGAAAUUGAUAAUCUGACCAGUGUAGARGAAAGCAAAACUACACAAAGAAAUAAGCAAAUAGCCAUGGGAAGGAAGAAGUUCAACAUGGACCCAAAGAAGGGAAUCCAGUUUCUGAUAGAAAAUGACCUCCUGCACAACACUGCAGAAGACAUUGCACAGUUCCUUUAUAAAGGAGAAGGAUUGAAUAAAACGGUAAUUGGAGAUUACCUCGGUGAAAGAGAUGAAUUUAAUAUUAAAGUUCUUCAGGCUUUUGUUGAACUCCAUGAGUUCGCCGAUCUCAAUCUUGUACAAGCCUUAAGGCAGUUUCUGUGGAGCUUCAGACUCCCAGGAGAGGCUCAAAAAAUUGAUCGUAUGAUGGAAGCUUUUGCUUCACGCUAUUGCCUUUGUAACCCRGGAGUCUUCCAGUCUACAGAUACAUGUUACGUGCUUUCAUUUGCCAUCAUUAUGUUGAAYACCAGCCUGCACAACCACAAUGUGAGAGAUAAACCCACAGUGGAGAGGUUCAUCUCCAUGAACCGUGGCAUUAACGAGGGUGGAGACCUUCCAGAGGAAUUGCUAAGGAAUUUAUAUGAAAGUAUUAAGAAUGAGCCAUUUAAAAUUCCAGAGGAUGAUGGAAAUGAUCUAACGCAUACAUUUUUUAAUCCAGACAGAGAAGGUUGGCUGCUGAAAUUAGGGGGAAGAGUAAAAACAUGGAAACGGAGAUGGUUUAUUCUGACUGAUAAUUGCCUGUAUUACUUUGAAUACACAACAGACAAGGAACCUAGAGGAAUUAUUCCAUUAGAAAAUCUUAGCAUAAGAGAAGUCGAAGACCCUAGAAAACCAAACUGCUUUGAGCUCUACAACCCCAGUCAUAAAGGUCAAGUAAUCAAAGCGUGUAAAACUGAAGCUGAUGGCAGAGUGGUGGAAGGCAACCACGUCGUGUACAGAAUAUCUGCUCCCACCCCAGAGGAAAAGGAGGAGUGGAUUAAAUCCAUCAAAGCAAGUAUCAGCAGGGAUCCCUUUUAUGAUAUGCUGGCAACAAGGAAACGGAGAAUUGCAAAUAAGAAAUAGAACAUGAUCAGCAACUUGCAGACCUGCAUCAACCUCCAGUGGAGUGAUGGAAGAAAUGGGACAAACUAAAUGAAGACAACUGUAAAUUUUAUAUAUAUAUAUACAUAUAUAUAUGCACAUUUUACUAUGGCAUAAAAACUUGGCAAAACGUUUCAGGGUAAAUAGUUACUGRCAUAUAAUUCCAAGUAAGCUUCAAAUCCCAGAGAGUGAUUCUGUUGGAACUGAAUUCAGCUGCAAACAUGGAAGCCUUUUCACAUCAGUGACAACUCUGCUUCACUUGGGUUGGGGAGGGAAGGAGUUCAGGGCUAACACUAAAAUAUCCUCUACCUGAGCAUAUUUCUAUUGAAGAAUGAGUGAUAAUAAGACUUUGAGCUCUCACUAAAGUGCAGCACGGUGUGAUCUGGCAUUUCAUGUUCCUGUGAGCAGCAUCCCCAGUCCCAUGUCAGUGUUCAGUGUGUCACAGCAGCAGCUGAGUGCAGCUUCCAUUCAGGAUUCCUCUCAUUCCUGCCUUUAUGGAAACAGCUUUUCCUCACAAACCCAGAGCUGCCAGCUCCCCAAAGGUGUGCUGGAAGGGUUUGGCAGUGACACUGAGACACCAGGCUGCAGCCAUGACUUGGCUAAAACCCAUCCCUUCUGCUCUUACAACAAACAUGGGUUUAAUCCACUUUUUAAACAGUAAAGUCCUCCUUAGUUUUGAGAUGGUGUUGUUUGAUUCACACUAAAUUACUGCUUAAGGGGAGAGAGGACAGGACUUGUGUGAUUUUAGACCUUGCAUGUGAAAACAGCCCAAAAUAAUUUCACAUGCAUUUCAUGCUUUUAAAGGGGAAAUCCAGGAAGGUGAACUGUGUGUAAGAUGCAGCUCAGAGAGUUAAGCAAGCAGGAUUCAUUCCUUUGCUUGAUAACAAACUUUGGACAUGCAGAGUUCCUGCAAGUUCACACAAGUUCAGUAUUUUUAUUGCAUUCUUAAAGGUGAUUUUCAGACUUGUGCUUCAGCUGUUGAAAUUGAAAAAAAACUAAAUAGACAUUUUUACUUAAAAACUAAAAUACUCCACAUUGGUCACCCAGUGCAGGCAGACUUCCCCACAGGCACUGUGUCCCUGUUUCUGUAACUCGUGGAGGAUCUUUCUGUGGCCCUGCUGAUGGUUUUAGGAGCACAUCACUCUCAGCAGAUUCUGCUCCAGAGCUUUUCUGUUGGUAGCACAUGGACUGUUCUAAGGUAAAGCCCCUGAUUCCACAGUGGGGGCACAAAGUGGGAGGUUUUGACUCCACUSUUGUGUUACUCCUCAGUUUUCCCUGAUUUUGUUGAACCUGAGCCGUGCCUGCUGUGCCAGUGAACACUUUGGAGACACAAAAUGUUCAAGAGCUUUGCUGUUGGUUACAGGAGCAUCUCUGGAUAUUUUGUAGGGAGAUGUGCUGCACUGGCAAACCCCCAGACUUAACCUGAUCAGUUUGAAAUCUCCUUUGAACUGUAAGGGGGAGUAUUUCACUGUUCUGUCCUACUGAUUUGCCUGGUUUUGCAUGGGGUGUCAGCUCUGAGUGUUUUGCUUUAUUGCAUGUUUGCAAAAGAGGCCCAGAGGAGAAGAACAAAGUCAACUUUCUUACAUUGCAGAUUUUCCCCAGAGUGUGUGGAAUUGUUUGGGUGAAUGUUCCAAUCCCAGUGCUUCCAAGGGAGUCAAACUCAGCCAAAGGAGGUGGAAUCCUUGAAUAGGUGUGAGUGUGGGGAUCCCUUUGCUUAAUGAACACAUUUAAACUCUGCAGAAAUGAAUUCAGUCGUGUGUCCUGUGUUUGCACAGCAGCACAAUGAUGGAGCUGCUGCCAGCACUUGUUUUCAGUCUCUGCUCUGCAGUGACAUUUUSUUUCCAAGCACUGCCUCCAUCAGUCUUGGCUUUGGACAGCAGAUUUGUAAUUCAAAUAGUGACAAACCAAAUCAGUGGUACUAGUGAGCAUAAAGGCCAAAGGCAGCAAAUGCAGUAUUUCUGGAGAAAUGUGAGAUUACAAAAGCAUUCAUAAGCCAUGAAGCACUUUUGUGUCAAUUCUUAUCUUCUGAAAUACCACCUUGGAGGAAAUCUAUUUAUUUMAGCAGGUGAGGAUGUCUGCCUCUAAGCAUGAAGGAAAUGCCUUGAGAGUUCAUUUGCUGUAUUUAGUUUGAAGUUCUUAUAUCYGGCAGAAAUAAUUAUUUAGAGUAACAUGUAACUGAGGUUAUUAUAGCAGGAAAUAUAUCAUUUCUAAGCAUUGAAAUGCAACAUCUUAAACAGCUACUUGUGGUGCUCAAUGUAUUUAAUUUACCAAAGCUAAUGAAUAGCAUUUUUGUGUGUGUUAAUAUUUUGAUUUCAGAUGUUCUUUGUAACAGUAUUAACAGGGAGUGAAACUGGCCCAGAAUUUCCACUGGCCACGAGGCCAGUAAAACAAAGUGGCUUGUGAAAAUUUUGGCCGUUAUCAGGUACUAUCCACGAGGGUGAAGAAAAAUCUCUCAACCUUUCCCUUUUCUAUUGGGCUUCAAGUCCAGGGGUGGCUGCUGCAAGUGGCUGCUCGGUGGCCUAAAGCAGAUCUGUUACAGUUUGGCCAUGCUGAGGAAUGUCCUCUGGGACAGCAGAUUCUCCCUUCUGCUGCACUGGAAAUUGAGAAAUUCUGAGUUUUUGGGUUUGGCACUGCCUUUCCCAAGUGCAGACAGAGCCAUGGGCCAGUGCAGCUCAGAGGGAACUGUACACAGAACUUAAGCUCAGCUGGACUGACUUAAAUUUUACAAUAUUCUGACUAAAUAAGCUCUGUGUCAYUUAACAUUUUGAACCGUUUUAAACUGGUACAAAACUGAACCUUUAUAAACUGAGCAGCAUUUAUAAUGCUUCAUAUAUAAAAAACUGCAUAUUUUUAAGAUUUAUUACAUAUCUAUGUAGAUAUGCUUGCUGGAAAAGCUAGGUCUGUUGUAGACCAAAUGCUACAAAAUAAGACUUGUGGCUUACCAGUUUCAUUUCUAUAUUUUCUUGGAAAAUGUUUCUAGCUAGAGUUUAAAUAUAAAAUGUAAAUAGUGUACAGGUAUGUAUUGAUAUGAGUAUUACUUGGUGUACACAAGUGAUAUGCAUGACAAAUAUUCUGUAUCAAUCAUUGUUAAACGGUGAUGUUCUUACGUAAAGCCACUGCAAUGUUCAUGUUCUCAUUUAUCAUYAAGACUGUUGCUUCAAUCUGUCAAUUUUCUCAGAAAUAAAGUGUGAAACUGUACUGUCACAAAUCUCAUUUCCCAGGAAUA